AUGGACGUAAAUCAGCAUUGGUCACUUAUUUCUCGUUUAGAGAGAGAAUCGUAUUUAGAAUAUUAUCCAUCUCCACUGGGACACUUCAAAACCGUUUUCAUCGUUCAAAACAUUCACCCAGUCCUCGAAAAUAUGGAUUACAAGAUCGUUACACAGUACUUUAACAAAAUGAAUAUUGGUUUUUCUCAUGGGGUAACCAUGUUUGACACACGACUUUUGCUUUUUGCGGAUUGUCGAGUGAAUGAUCCGAAUGUUGGAAAAUGGAGAAUCAAAGCGAAUUUGAAGUUUACUAUCAACAAGUUCAAUGAGAAAAUUGAUUCAAUAAUCUAUGACUGUGGAGAUGUCUGGUUUGAUAACAACAUUAAUUUCAUUCAACGGACAACUUUCCUUACUGCAAAUGAUCUACUGAAUCAAGAUUUUGGAUUUGUAAGAGGAACUCGAUUUAUAAUGGGGACAGAUAUCAGGAUUCUGGAGGUAGAAGGGUUUCAUCAACCAUUUGUUAUGAAUCAUCGUGUGCCACCGGUAAAUCCUGAUAAUCGAUUUGUCUUCGCUUAUCCAAAUGAGAACUUCUACUGCAGCAAAGAAAUAUUGGAUAUCCUCUGCGAAAUGAAUGGUAAUAGCAAAGUAUCUGCAAUCGGCCACAUGCAGCCGAUGGCGAAGAAGAUUUUGGGAUCAGGGUGGGGUUUACCGUCGGGGCCAGUUGGUUGGAAGUAG